UAAAGAUUUACUUGGAGACUCAGUAAAAGGAACGUUUUAUGCACAAGAGUUGCAGAAAGUGAGACUGAAAGAGGAAUAUCGCAUUGAAAAAAUUUUAAAGAAACGUAUGCGUAAGAAACAGACAGAAUACUUUGUAAAAUAUCGCGGUUAUCCCGACAAAUUCAAUCAAUGGAUUCCAGCUUCUAAUUUACUCUCGAUAUAAAGUGUGAGAAAAUAUUGUAUCCGAAUCAUUUGUGAAAAUGAGUUUCUACGUAACACUUCCGAGCGAUAGCUCUAUGAAUUAUUUCCCCGAAAAUAAAAUUUCACAUUUUAUAACACGUUUACCUGUUCCCAUUGAAUUAAAAGGUAUGUGGGAAGUUGGUUUGGUUGAAUUGCUAUAUCCGCACACAUGGCACAAUGUGAAUGCAGACAAUAACUUAAUUGGAUUUGUUUUAGAGAAAGAUGGUGAAAUGUUAGGUCGUAGAUUACCUCCAGGAUGUUAUGAAACAGUACCUGAUAUUUUAAAAGCUAUUUAUAUUAAAGAACAUCAAAACAAAAUAAUUUUUAAUUAUAACCCAGUAACAAAACGAGUGAAAAUCAAAGUGAAAAAUAACGCUAAAGUGAUUUUACAUGAUGGGUUAGCACAAAUGUUAGGUUUUGAACCUAUGGAAAUUACAUCUACAGAUGAUAGUUCCGAAACUGUUGUAGAAAGUCCUUUUGCAGCCGACCCCUGUGCACAUUAUCGUGUAUUAAUGAUAUAUACGGAUAUUGUAGAACCUCAAAUCGUAGGAGAUGUUUUAGCUCCUCUUCUUCGAAUUGUAAGAGUAACUGGUAGCGAUGGAGAAGUGGUGAGUGCACUAUUUGAUAGACCUCAUUAUUUACCUGUGAAUCGGAAAAUGAUAGACACUUUGGAAAUCGAUAUAAGAACGCAUAUGGGAGCAUUUACGCCAUUUGAACGAGGAAGGUCAUACGUGAAACUUCAUUGUUAAAUGAUGUAUCACAAGGACAAGAUGUAAAAGAGGCUGCUAAGCGUCGACUGAAAGAAGCCGGAAA